CGUCUAGCGAUGAAACUAAGCUCCACUAUUAUAGCAAUGACAUUUAUUGCCGUUAUUGCCAACACUUGCGCCAUCCCAAUUGAGAGGACGAGAGUGAACGAAGCUUAUUUACAAAAAAAGUCGAAUGACUUUCUGACACCACAAUCAGUAGCUGUUCUCUGCCCUGGAUCUUCAAUUCUUGUUGACUGCCGUACAGAUAAUAAAACUCUCAAGACAGCACUGUAUUUUUCUCGAUCUCUUCACGAGUCGUUUGGUGAAAUCACUAGCCGCAGCAAUGUCGAAGUUGUAGGCCAAGUCUUUACGAUUCAUGAUAUCAACUGGACGGACGAUGGAUACUACAUGUGCGCAAGGCAAGACAGGAAAGGCAAAGCUUCGAUUACACUAGAAGUAUUCGUAGUUGAAGAGGGUCAUAUCUACAACAGCUAUGUACUGAAACACCAGCAUGAGAAUGAAACAUUUGGUAGUCUCGAAGUGUGCAAGAAGUACUUGACUGCCAACGCAGCCGAAAGAAAAACUGUGUGUGGAACAAAUGAAAAUAUACCAACUAGCAGUAAUGCAAGCAUCGAUACAGCUAAAGAUUUGGAAAGGAUCCGCCGAUCAUUUAGACCAAUGAUCACAGCUUGGAAGCAGACAUCUAAACUCUUAUUCGCAUUUAAGGAAUGCAUGGAAGUAACGCUUCAGGCGGCAAUAAACGUAUGCAAUGAAGUACAUCAUGCGACUGUAUGGACCAAGACUUGUAUCUCCAAAACGUAUGAAAACGGUGUAUGGAACCUGACAUCCCAAGCAGCCAGAAGGUUUAUCGAUUAUAUUCAAUCAUCAACAAAAAAGAUAUCCUCUUCAAUUAAAGACAACAUUGCUUUGGCCUAUGAGAAAGGGUUGUGGAGUGCUCUUUGUGACAUUGCAUCCUGGUACAAAAUGCAGCUUUAUAAAAUCUCUAGGCUUGCAAUACGUGUAAUUUUCUACGCAAGAGCUGCAAUGGCCAAAAUUGCAAUGUUCCUGGAUGGAGUAAUUUUUGUUUUUCUAAAAGCGAAAGAAACAGCCAUGACUUCCGUACUCGAUCAACUACAAAGAUUAUCAGAAGAAAAGACGCGAAUAGAGAACUUGGUUUCAUCAUAUUCAGAAAAAAACUUUAUCGACGCACUUAAGGGAAUAGCUGGUGAUAUGCUAUCAGUAAGCAAAACCUUGUUCACUUGGAUUCUUACAAAUAUAAGAGACUUAAUAAUUCUGUACAAAUCAGCGAUGUCAUACAUAACGGUAUCACUUAAGGUAUACGCUGCAUCACACAUCCCAGAAGACCACAUCAACGAAAUUACACAAUACUUUAAUGACAUAGCCACGUGGUUCGAUGACGUCAUCACAGUAAUACAAUUAAUAAUCACGUGGUUCAUGUAUAACAUUGCAAUGGCAAUUUUGAAAAUAUCGGAAUUACUUGACCCAAGUAGUGACGUCACGUUCACAUCUCCGUAUGGCAGAGAGACAUUCUGGGAAGCAUCGAGAAUGGAUCUUGUGAAAACAGGAGCAGAAGUUACUUGGUGUUUAUUAACGAGCGCCAUUUUCUCAAAAAUGAUGAGAAUCAUAGUGGAUUGUGCUGUUAUCUAUAGGAAUGCCAUAUUUAGUAAACAUGAUAUGGCUUAUAACAUGGUGGUUGUGCUCAUGUAUGUUGGUAUAUACACAGUCUGCCGCAUGAAGGCAAAAAUUGGAGCAGCGAUGCAGCCUUUGAUAAAAAGCAUUACAAGACGAUCUCAAUCUUUCUGGAGACGAUGUUCAAAGACCGCUGCGCAUAAACACCACAUCCUUCUACUCACUCGUGCAAGAAGGACAAAGACGCUGUACAUGAGAUUCUUGCCAACUAUUGUAACAAAGAAAGUAAACGGUGCAGGAGGCAUAGUCACAGUUGACUGUUUAGGCUCGUUAAACGAACUGUGCACCGAGUAAAUUGUAACUGAAUAUUUGAUUCAUUAAAG